ACGAUGCCAAACUCAAAGGACUUGCAGUACCAAGCAAUUUGUCAAUGAACAAGACAAUUGAAGGCCACAGUGGUAAGUAAGGUACAACCUGAUGGGGAAACUGUUUUUGGGAGCCAGUGGGGAGCUCUGACCUCCGAUGUUUGUUGCUUGGUAGGACACAGGAGCAGUACAGUUGGUGACGUGGAACGAGCAGUACCAGAAGCUCACCACCAGUGACCAGAAUGACCUCAUUAUUAUGUGGAUGCUCUACAAAGGUAGUCUACAUACUGGAUAGUCUCGUGGACUGAGAAUAAUGUAUGGGGGGUUGGUAAAACGCAAGAUGCAAUUCUAUACUGAACAAAAAUAUAAACGCAACAUGCAACAAUUGCAAAGAUUUUACUAAGUUACAGUUCAUACAAGGAAAUCUGUCAACUGAAAUAAAUUCAUUAGGCCCUAUUCUAUGGAUUUCACAUGACUGGGAAUACAGAUAAUCAUCUGUUGGUCACAGAUACCUUAAAAAAACGGUCAGUAUCUGGUAUGACCACCAUUUCCCUCAUGCAGCGCGACACAUCUCUUUGGCAUAGAGUUGAUCAGGCUGUUGAUUGUGGCCUGUGGAAUGUUGUCCCACUCCUCUUCAAUGGUUGUGCGGCGAAGUUGCUGGAUAUUGGCGGGAACUGGAACACGCUGUCGUACACGUUGAUCCAGAGCAUCGCAAACAUGGUCAAUGGGUGACAUGUCUGGUGAGUAUGCAGGCCAUGGAAGAACUGGGACAUUUUCAGCUUCCAGGAAUUGUGUACAGAUCCUUGCGACAUGGGUCUGUGCAUUAUCAUGCUGAAACAUGAGGUGAUGGUGGCGGAUUAACGGCACGACAAUGGGCCUCAGGAUCUUGUCACGGUAUCUCUGUGCAUUCAAAUUGCUAUCAUAAAAUGCAAUUGAGUUCGUUAUCCGUAGCUUAUACCUGCCAAUACCAUAACCCCACCGGCACCAUGGGGCACUCUGUUCACAACAUUGACAUCAGCAAACCGCUCGCCCACACGACGACAUACAUGUGGUCUGCGGUUGUGAGGCUCGUUGGACGUACUGACAAAUUCUCUAAACUGACGUUGGAGGCGGCUUAUGGUAGAGAAAUUAACAUAAAUUAUCUGGCAACAGCUCUGGUGGACAUUCCUGCAGUCAGCAUGCCAAUUGCACACUCCCUCAAAACUUGAGACAUUUGUGGCAUUGUGUUGUGACAAAACUGCAAAUUUUAGAGGUACCUUUUAUUGUCCCCAGUGCAAGGUGCACCUAUGUAAUGAUCAUGCUGUUUAAUCAUCUUCUUUAUAUGCCACAACUGUCAGGUGGAUGGAUUAUCUUGGCAAAAGAGAAAUGCUCACUAACAGGGAUGUAAACAAAUUUGUGCACAAAAUUUGAGAGAAAUACGCUUUUUGUGCCAAUGGAAAAUUUCUGGGAUCUUUUAUUUCAGCUUAUGAAACAUGGGACCAACACUUUACAUUAUAUUUUUGUUCAGUGUAUAUAAUUUUGUUUUAGAGCUUUUUUUCAGUUUCAAGAUUAUUGUGAAGUCUCACUGAUUAUUAUGGCCCAGAAAUGAAUCUUAGAUUUUGACAUUUUCCACUUCUAAUCGCACAAACACAGAAAGACUGCAGUUCUAUUACACUGAAGUAUAUUUGAAGUCAGAGAGUCAAUUGAGCUUUCUUGCUACCUCAGUGCUGUCAAUUUAUCUUGACUAUUUGAUGUAUGGCAUAAUAACACGGUGUCUGAAUAGGCUCAUGGUACAAAGAGAUGAUCAACAACAGGAACAAGUAAGUGGUGAGGAGCUUGAAUUGGAAUGCAGACGGCCAGAAGAUUUGUAUUGUUCGAGGUCGGGGCAGUCAUUGUUGGAUCUGUAGAUGGUAAGUGUCCCUUCAUGCAUUCUGCUAUGCUCCUUCCUUUAACAUAUUUGUCUGGACAGUAUGGGCCGGUUUCCCAAACAGAUAUUAAGCCUAGUCUUGGGCUAAUAAGCACUUUUAAUGGAGCAUGACCUUAGCAUUGUUUUUCUAAUUCAUGCAUUGGUUCCGUCGGGUUAUUUCAGUUUAAAAAAAGUCAGAAAUAGUUGUCAUUGUAUCGCUAUUGAUUUCUCACACCCACUAUAUAGUAUACUGGUAACUAGAAAAACACCUUCCCACUUCUGAAGAGUGGAUACCUCUUAGUUAUAGGAGACUUAGAGAAGGUCAGUUAUGUUACAGAUAAAGAUGACAGUCAGCUGUCUGUAUAACGUGACUGGAGACAUCAUUAUCACAGGGAUCCACUGGUACGCAGGUUCAGAGGGCUACGUGGAGCCCUUGCUUGGCCAUCUGCUUCGA